UCUUUUCAGUGUUGCUGUUGUUGUUGUUGGUACUUUAUUGGUACUUCUGCUGGAAUAAACAGACUUUGGAGACAGAAAGCUGAAGAAUGGCUGUCUGUGUGGCUGUUAUUGGCAAGGAUAAUUCUCCUUUGUACUUGUCUACGACCGAUAUGGACAAGGAGUUGGAAUUACAAUACCGCGUACAUGCAGCACUAGACGUCAUUGAAGAGAAGUGUCAGGUCGGUGUAAAAGGAACACCAGAGACAAAGGAAUUAUAUUUGGGUCUACUGUAUGCAACGGAGACGCAUAAAAUAUACGGCUUUGUUACCAAUACAAAAGUCAAAUUGAUUUUGGUUAUUGACUCUGGAAACAUAGCUCUACGGGAAAAUGAAGUACGGGCGAUGUUUAGGAACCUUCACAUUCUUUAUACGGAUGCCGUUUGCAACCCAUUCUUUUUACCCGGAGAACAGUUAAUUUCAAAAAAAUUUGAUCGCGCUGUACAGAAGCUUAUGAGUGGGAAUAUUUAAAUGUAAUUUAUUUUAUUUUAUAAAUUAUAACUGUAGUUUAAACAUGUACUAUUCUGUUCAUUUUUUAUUGUUAAACUGUGAAAGUUACAAUGUACUGCUAAAAUAAAUAACGUUCAUACGAGCUGGGCCAUUCCAUUACAAA